GUCAAGAUCGACAAUCCAAUUUUCAAAAAACUCAGAGCUCCAUCCCUCCUUUCUACCCUACAAUGUCCACAACCCCAAUCCAAAAUGGCCCUCAACCCGCCACAACAGCACCCCCUCGCUCAGCACAACGCGAUGGAGUAAAUAGCAAACUAGGAACUUUCGGCGUUAAAUCUGGUUUGGCUCAAAUGCUCAAGGGAGGUGUCAUCAUGGAUGUUAUCAACCCAGACCAGGCACGCAUUGCCGAAGAGGCAGGGGCAUGUGCUGUCAUGGCCCUCGAGCGCGUUCCUGCUGAUAUCCGUGCAGAGGGGGGCGUUUCACGCAUGAGCGACCCCGCCAUGAUCAAGUCCAUCGUCGAUGCAGUCACAAUCCCAGUCAUGGCAAAAGUCCGCAUCGGCCAUUUCGUAGAAGCGCAGAUCCUCCAAGCCAUCGGCAUAGACUACAUCGACGAAUCCGAAGUCCUUACCCCCGCAGACGAAGAACACCACAUCAACAAACACAAUUUCAAAGUCCCCUUCGUAUGCGGUGCACGCAACCUAGGCGAAGCCCUACGCCGCAUCUCAGAAGGUGCAGCUUUCAUCCGUACAAAAGGCGAAGCAGGGACCGGUAACGUCGUCGAGGCGGUACGACACCAACGUUCAAUGAUGAGCGAGAUCCGAAAAGCUAGCGUCAUGAGCGAAGAAGAGCUGUUUGCGUAUGCAAAGGAGAUACAAGCUCCGUUUCACCUCUUGAAGGAGACAGCGCGGCUGAAACGGUUGCCGGUCGUCAAUUUCGCUGCGGGGGGUAUCGCCACCCCGGCUGAUGCAGCGCUUAUGAUGCAACUAGGCUGUGAUGGAAUUUUUGUUGGUUCCGGCGUUUUCCACUCUGGUGACCCGGCCAAACGGGCGCGAGCGAUCGUACAAGCGGUGACUCAUCAUAAUAACCCAAAGAUGCUCGCAGAAGUCUCUGAAGAUCUAGGUGCUGCUAUGGUCGGUCUCACGAUCGAUGAAAAUUUAAAAGGGGGCAGACUUGCUUCCCGCGGGUGGUGAAAAUAAAACCUUUUUUAAAAGGAGACAAUCAAGCGAUUGUGUAGGAGGAGGUAAACUUAUAGGUGUAUGUAUAUCACAUAGAAUGCACAUGCAUGUCGACGGCAAGAUCGCUGCAGAAUGAGUCGUAUGCGAGGCUUAGGCUUGGCCAGUCGUCCUUCCAUCAUUCAAGGUCUCAGUACACGUUCACUGAACGUUUAUGUGCUAUGACAUACUUGGGCCUUCCCAUC